CCGCGCCCCAUUGCCCUCUAAAAGGAGUUUAACUCAGGUGACCUGAAGAGACUUUCUUUGGCUGUUCCUUCUCUUCCAAAUCCAACGACUCUCCUCAUCCAAUCCGUGUAACCUGCCGCCUCCGAGCACCUUUCUCGCUUGGUCAUGUAGUCGUAGGUAAUGUUAAAUAAACAAAACAACGUGAAAGUAAACGCAUUUUAUUUUGAAGUCGUGCCGGAGCCGGACGUCAGAGGGAGGCUCGCGCCGCGGUAGGUGGGCUGCACGCGCGUUCACUCUGCGCAGCGGGGCGGGGCUUGUUUUGAGAGCGGACCAGAGAGAGAAGACUCACCAGGGAAGAUGGCGACCGCGGGGUCCGCCGAACGGCGCGGUAGACCGGCCAAGUACGGAACCGUAGCUGGGUGCGGGUCCACUUCCAGUCCGCCGGAGAGGGAGCCGGAGCAGUGUGCGGGGAGGCGGCCUAGCGGCUGCCCGCCCCCCGCCCCCACGGCCUGUCGACUCCGCCGGACCCAGAGACGCCCCGGCAGCGGAGAGCGGCUCCGGAGGAGCGAGCCCGGGAGAGGGAGCUGCGCGGCGGGCAAGAGGGACCGCCACCCCCGGGAAGAGUGUUUCGUGUCUCCGGCCAUCGUCACUAAAUGUUGUGAUUCUUCCUCACCACCAACUGGCAAACACAAGCCGGGGACCGAGGAAAGAGAGGAGGCGAAGAGGAGGACCUGUAGAGACAAAGAUGUACCAGGAGUUCUGUCGGACUCGGAGAACGAGGAACCUUUCAGCAGGAGGAUCAGAAACAUCUCCGCCUUCAUCAGGAAAACCAAAAACUCAGUGGCCGUCUCAAGUGGUGCUCAGAGGAGUCAGAGCUGCAGUGAACCAGUGGAGGACCGAAGAUGGAAGACGAAGGUCGUCACCCAGCCCGCCAUCAUGGACAGAGUGGGCGUCAGUCACAGCUACGCAGCUGGGAUCCUCCUCUCCUCGGAGAACAGCCGCUCCGUCUCGGCUCCGAUCACCGCUGACCGCCGGCUGGCCUGGCGAGCCGUCGUCUCCUCCACUGCGGCCGCCACGGCCCCCCCGCACCCCGAGCGCUCCAUCAGCCCCGAGAGCAACGACAGCAUCUCCGAGGAGCUCAACCACUUCAAGCCCAUCGUGUGCUCGCCGUGCACGCCGCCCAAGCGCCUGCCGGACGGCCGCCUGCUGGAGCCCGCCGUGGUGAAGUCCACGCCCAGGAACCUGACCCGCGGCCUGCAGAAGGCCACCAGCUACGAGGCCAGCCCCGCGGUGUUGCAGAAGUGGAGGCAGAUCGAGCUGGACCGCCAGAGCCUCAAGACCAACUCCAGGGCGACGCUGACCAGCCCCGUCAACGAGGGGGGGCGGGACGGGCUGCGCGCCGCCAACAAGAGGAGGCUGCUGUUUGAGCCGCUGGCCGCAGACGCAGGCUCCUUCCAAAAGCACGCCGUGAAGAUCCGGGUCCCCGCCAUCCGCUACAGCAGCGAGGCCGGGCUCAGAGGGAGCUCCGACCUCCGGCCCGCAGUCGGCGCCCCUGAACCCGCCGGCGGUGGGUUGCUUUUCAGCCAAAAACAGUCCUUUUCACCGUAUACCAAGAACUCCAAUUUCCAGUCCUGUAAAUUGGUGCCGAAGGCCUCUCCGAGUCCCAGGAAGGAGUCCGACAGCAGCCUUCACAACCAGGCGUUGUCGAGGAGGGGCACCAAGCGGGAGCAGAAGACCAAACACUUGGACUCGGAGCGGGACGCGGAGCCGAAGAAGAGCCGCUCGCUGACCCAGGAGGCCUUCGACGAGCGCUACGUCCGUCAGAUCCAGCAGGAGCGCCAGGACCGGGCCGUCGCCUUGAGGCUGCAGAGACAGUUUGACCGGGAGAACCAGGCGGACGACCGCCGGAGGAGCCCUGAGCGGUACUUCCUGCGAUCCUGGAUGUCCAACCAGAACCUCCGACUGAGGCGCGGCCUGAGGAGGUCCCGACGAAUCAACAAGAAGCACUAGCGGGCGAGUUGUGUGUGGACAUGAACAAAGAGCUUCAUGUAUGCAAAGUGACAAAAGGUUUGAAUGUUUCACCAAAACUCUAAAACUCUAAAAUGCAGAAAUCUGAACUCUCAUCACGUCCAAAAUCUAUCGACUGGUAUUAAAAGAGAAUUGUUGCUUUAGAACCUGGAGGGGCUUCUGGGGUUACUCGUGGUCUGGUUCUUGAAGGUCUCUGGGGCUUCUGGGUUUACUCGUGGUCUGGUUCUUGAAGGUCUCUGGGGCUUCUGGGGUUCUCGGAGGUCUGUGCCUUUAGGAGCCCAGUAUCUCCUCCCACCAUGUCACUGGUCCAGUUCUUCCAGUCUCAAAGUUUGUGGGAAGUUCAUCGCUGUGAAGCUGUGGAUUCUGGACCGCAGAGACUUGUGGGUAAUGUAGUCUCAGAGCCGUCCCACCACGUUUGGGUUGGAGAGAAGAUCAGUGUGUUUGUGUUUGGGGGGAAACUGCAAAGAGAAGCUUUAAGGAAGAGACAAUGUUUUAUGUCUAAAGAGUGAAGACUGAAACAUGAAUGCAAAUAUUCUAAAGCUCUGAGAUUAAAGUCCCAAAUCUGUGAGUGCAACUUUAUAAACAAUGGUACAACAACAACAACAACAACAACAAGGUUUAACAGCGAGUUUACAUGAGCAGCUGUGGACUUUCUUUAGCUCUACAUUCAUGUUAUUACAAUAUCUGAGACAUUUUACAUGCUAUAUCAUGUAAUAAUGUAAUAAUACAAAGUAAUACACAUCAUUUAAUGACCGUUAAACGUUGAUCCUUUAAGUUAAGACGUGAAUCUUAAGGACUUUUUAAACUGAAAAUUCACUGCGAUAAUCAGCAGGAGACGAAUCCAUAACGACAUCUGCUGCCAACGCUUUUAAAAGUCUAUUAAAAGUCUCGUAAUUGAUGCAUUUCAACUUUUACAAUCGUAUAUUGUUGCUGUUGAGAGAGCAGAUAAGCAACGGGGUGAUGUAUCUCUACUACAGUCUGAUGGUUUUACUUCAUGUAUUCAGUACUGCAAGCUGUACUUCAUGUACUUGUACUUUAAUGUGAAUGCUGCUUUGCUGUAAAUCAUUUCUUUCACAUUCCUGCAGUUUACAGCUCAAUCAACUUGUGUUAAAUCAUCCUGUUGGGACACUUCAGUCAGGAGGAGUGGACUUGUCUUCAUGUAUGAGAUGAUUAUUAUUGUUAUUGACAGAGUUUCAAGCUUUUCUCUUUAGAGAUUCUGAAGGGCUUUCUUUUUUUAAACUCUCUCCAACACUGAUAUGCACAUUUUGUACUGUGAGCGUUUGCUGAGUGCCAAACAAUCAGAGAGCGUGUGAAUAGUUCAUAUUCAGCUGCUCGGAGGCAUCACACUCACACAUCGAGACGUGUGAUGAGACACCGACUGAUGACCAUUGUGCUGCCAAAGUAUCAUCCGUAUAAUGAGGAUAAUCUCUGAGAACACAACCUACCAACAUCACUUAUUCUGCCAAUCAAUACAGAAUAUGAGUCAUUUCUGAAGACACAAAGUGUUGAAAACAUCCUCAGGUUACUUUUCUGUUCUUCAGUGAUUUAUGAAACAAUAAACAAAUGAUCAAUCAAUAAAUGAUCUGUUUCAGUCCUGAACUAAAUAUACACUUAGACUAAAUAGUUAUAUAAGUUGUAUACAUAGUUAUUGUAUCUCAUAUAUUAUAUAUAGCUGUAUUAUAAUAGUAUAAAACCAUAGAGAUUCCUCUCCUAAUGUUUCUGAAGAUCAUGUUGGGCUGUUUCAAAAUAAUAUAUUGUCAAAUGAUGCAAAUCCAGCACUGAUGUAUUAAUAUUUACACAGUAACCAUUGAAUAAAAACUACA